CUAAUAUAGAUAGAUAGUUUCACAGAUUUCCACAGAACCGAACUGAACUAUAUUUGCUUGAACUAUGUAGACAUGAAAAUGGAAAAUAAACGCACUUAUAAUAGUAAAAUAGCAUGGCUAGUAGGCUACACGUUUGACACAUUUGAGAGCGGGCAGUUGCCUUAUGUUCCACUAGUCUUUCCUCGUGAGAAAGUACGAGCGCAUGCACAGCAACACACUCAGUUGGAAGUCUAGUGCGCUUCUGAGAAGAGCAGAAGAGAGGAGAAAAGGAGGGCUGCGUAAACUGACCAGUGGAGUUGAUAUCCUUACAGCUGCUGUUCUGUCUUUCUCUGUCUUUUAGAUUAAAGAUACGGUCUACGUUUAUAAUUUUAAAAUUAAAAGGCGUUUAGCGUUAUACAGGGAAAGCGCAUAAUGGAGCCUCUAACAGUGACUGUUAGUGAUUUUUCCGAGCAGUAUCCUUUAAUUCUGCCAAACUCGAGUUUUAUGGAGGAACCAGCGGGACUUCUGUCAAACUGGAGCGGAGGCAGCGAGCCGAAGGCGGUGAAAGACACCACUGCGGUCACUAUCGCUGUGUGCAUCACCGCGCUGUACUCUGUCAUCUGCGUUGUGGGACUGUUUGGAAAUAUUCUGGUUAUGUACGGUGUGGUCAGGUACACAAAAAUGAAGACAGCUACCAACAUUUACAUCUUUAACCUGGCUUUGGCUGAUGCAUUAGCCACCAGUACUUUACCCUUCCAGAGUGCCAAAUACCUCAUGAGCACCUGGCCAUUUGGGGAGCUCUUGUGUAAAUUGGUCAUUGCUAUUGACUACUACAACAUGUUUACCAGUAUUUUCACUCUGACGAUGAUGAGCGUAGACCGUUACAUUGCUGUGUGCCAUCCAGUGAGAGCCCUGGACUUCCGCACACCAGUCAAAGCAAAGAUCAUCAACAUCUGCAUAUGGAUUCUCUCCUCUGCUGUUGGCUUCCCAGUCAUGGUUAUGGCCAUUACUACAGUGACACCCACAGGCAAAACAGUCUGCACGUUGAAAUUCCCAGACCCAGAUUGGUACUGGGAUACUGUGACCAAGAUCUGUGUUUUCAUUUUCGCCUUUGUGGUUCCCGUCUUGGUCAUCACCAUCUGUUACGGCCUGAUGAUCCUUCGUCUCAAGAGUGUACGCUUGCUGUCUGGCACUAAAGAGAAGGACAGGAACCUCCGGCGCAUAACUCGUAUGGUAUUGGUGGUGGUGUCAGCCUUCAUCAUCUGCUGGACCCCCAUCCAUAUCUUCAUCAUCAUCAGAACUGUGGUGGAGAUUGACCAGAAGAAUCUGCUCGUGGUUGCCUUAUGGCAUCUGUGUAUUGCUCUGGGCUACAUGAACAGCAGCCUCAACCCAGUCCUGUAUGCGUUUCUGGAUGAAAACUUCAAAAGGUGCUUCAGAGAAUUCUGCUUGCCCUUUCGUUCCUGCAUGGAGCAGAACAGCUUUUCCAAAGCCCGAAGUGUUAUGAGAGAGCCCAUGUCAGUGUGCGCCAAGUCUGAAUCAAUGAAACAGCCCACAUGACUAGACCUGGAACAGCUGCCUUCUGAUACACAACCAAGGGCACUGAAAGAUCCACAGUCUGAGGACACCCAGAUCUCCACCACUGAGUUUUAAGCUCCUUUGGGGUAAAUACAACAUGAGAACAAGCUCAUAUACUGAAGGCAAAAUGCCAUGUUGGUUUGUUAGUCAUUUUUUUCUACCUUUCUUAAUUUCACUUUGUGGAAAAGCAAUGGAGGGCUCCCUGCGCAUUUUUUCCUAAGUGAGGAAUUGAGAUCAUUUGGACCAUUGUACAGUACAAUCAAUAGGAAAUCUACAUUCAUUAGUGGUAUAAGAUCCAUCAAAAUGGAUUCCCAUAAUCAGAUUUUUAAAUGAAAGUCAAUGCAUUUCCUUGGAAAUUGUGGGAACAUGUAACAUGAAUACAAGUGUCCAAACAAUGAAGUAAAUACACAAAUUAAAUUUCUCAAACAACAACAUAAGCUGUAAGAUUUCCAUUUAAAGACAGAAGCAAUCUUGUUUCACCGAACAAUGAAAAUGUACAGAGGUUUUUUUUCCACUCCACAAUAAAAGGAUUUCAUUAAUCCUGAGGAUAAAGAUAUUUGGAGAAAGAGAAAGGCCUUGGAUACAGAGAAUGGAGCAAAUUUCAUCUCAAGGUUUGCAGGAUAGAUUUGCAUGGAUGACGGGGCUCCUUCCCUCAGAAUGACUGUUAAAACACACUGUUAUAUGAACUCUAUGACACAUUAUUCAUUUCAUGGUGCUUGAUAAUGUAUCAUUUUGUAAAUUUGUGCUACUAGUGAGGGUGUUUGAUGACCUUGGACUAUGAAGUAUACAGUGUUGAUACUAGGACCAUACAGUAUGUGUAGAUGUGCUCUGAGACUAUUACAGAGGGGCUUUUAGAUAUUUUCAUCUUAGUUCUUUGUAAUGAAGUAUUUGGUGCAACCAUUCUAGCAUUUCAUUGCCAUUAGCACAGGACAGCUGUUUUCUGACCACCUUAAAAUUCCAAAGUUGAAAUGACAUUUAAUGAGUCAUUUAGUGAUAUUAGCGUUUGAUUCUAAAUGUCAGUUUUGUUGUAAAAGGGGAGUGAGUUUAGUUUCUUGAGCUGUUCACGGAUGUUUAUGCAUUAGCAUUGAGUAUUGCUUUGCUGUAGAACCUGUAUCUACUUUUGUGCAACCGUUGGAUAUUUAUUAAUUUUUUUAUGGAUGCACUAGAAUUAGACAUCACAAAUGUGAUUAUGUUGUGAAAGCUUAAAAAAAAAAUUGUAGGUUGCAUGGAUGUUGGGAAAACAUAACCAUAAUCUAAAAAAAAAAGUUCACUACUCACAUGACUAGCAAAGCUUCUAAGAUACAUAUUCAUCAUCUCAUGAAAAAAAAAUAAUUUAUCAUCUCAUUAUUUAUUGAAUGAUAAAUAUGCCUGUCAAUCUUUAAAAGUGUAUUGAAGAUUUAAAUUGUUUUUGGUAAAAUAUAACAAAAGCCUUAAAAAGCUAAAUGAAAAACUACUAUGCUAAUUUUCUACAGGUAGAGGUUGGAGACUCGAGCACUGUUACAUAAUCUCUUUAGCAGACCCCCUGUUAUGAAAUAUACCGGAUAAGUGCUUUUGAAACAAGAUAAAAGUAAAAGGAGGUUGUUGUAUAAUGACAUAUUGUAUAAUUGUAUAAUGUUUUAUAAAGACAAUUCGUUUGUA